AUCCGACGACAGUGAUUUUUCCCAACAGUUUGUUUUUGUUUCGAUUCUUUAUUUUUCUAUUUUAAUUUUUACUUUUUACAAGUUUAGUUAAAAAUUCUAACAAAGUCAGUUUAAGAGAAAUAAAAAUAUGAGUUUUAAUAGUAAUAUUCUUUCAAAAAUAAAAAGUAUUGAUGUAGAGGAUUUAUAUUUGGUUGAAAAUGAUUUAUGUUACCACGAAAAGGUAUCCAUCGCUUUUCUGCUAUUCGCUGACUCCAAAACAAAUGCACAAUACAUACUCCAGAAACUCCUAAUUAUAUCAUCAACUCAAGAUGCUUCCACAGAUAUUUUAAUAAGCUACACCAAAGUAAAUCAAAAUUGGAAACCAUACCUUGUGGAAGCUCUGGCAAUAAUAAAAGCAAACAAAGUAUUACGAAAACUUGGAUUACGUCUUUCCGAUGUCCGAACACACUUCCUGCCACACAUACCCGAAAUGAGUUUACACAUCAAUCCUAUAGUUAAAGUACUUUAUUCAAUGUGUGAAAUGUUAACACCAAUCGAGGCUGGAAAUCUAGUCUUGGAAGUUCGAGAUGCAAUAAGCCAACAAGAUCAUUUGCGUUUCUAUAAUUUUGACUAUUUAGAAAUUUUUCUACUUGACUGGAUAACAAAACGUGUAUUAGAUGCAUCUGGUAGUCAAACAACUGAUAUUUCUAUAUUAAUUGAUUAUUUUAAACUCAACAGUAUGCAAAAUAUGAAGGACAUGUUAGCAUACGCAUUGAGAGAUGUGAAUGCUGAAGCGAAUGAAAGUGAGCGUAGGGAUUCUCAGGAAUUGGAAGUGAAGAAGAAUUAUGCGAAUGACUUUUCCAGUUCUACAACAACAAAAAGUCCAGAAGUGGUGCAUCGACCUUUGGAUCUAAAAACUGGAAACUGUUAUAAGGUUGAAAGAGAAAGUGCAGGAUUUGUAUUAAUAAUAAACCAGAACAAAUUUCAUAGUUCCAUAAAUCCCGAGUUACAGCACCUCCUACCAAAAAAACCGUUAGCCGAACGCUUAGGCACAGACGUUGAUAAAUCCUCGUUAGAAAAAACGUUUUCAUCAUUUGGAUAUAAACCAGUUGUAAAAGAUGAGCUUAACCACAUUGAAGUUCUAAGUAAUAUUCGAGAAAUCGUUAAGCGUUCCAUAAUGUACGAUUCGUUAAUUGUAUGCAUACUAACACACGGCUGUGAAGGUGCUGUUUAUGCAUGUGAUAGCAUACCGAUAAAAAUUGAUGACAUCAAACAAAUCUUAACUGAUAAAUCUUUGAGUCGAAAACCAAAAAUGCUUAUAAUACAAGCAUGUCAGGGUACAAACCUCCAAACAGCCAAAUAUAAUGACGCCAAUUUAGAAAGUGACUCACCUGAGGAAAAUUCCACAGACUAUGGAGAUAUGGUACAAGCAAUGUCAACAGUCAAUGGAUUUGCAUCGCUCCGCCAUACAAAAACUGGAUCUUGGUUUAUUCAAACUUUGUGUUCAAAAAUUAACGAGUUAGGCGAUAGCGAACACAUUUUAGAUAUUUUAACUGAAGUGAAUAAUGAAGUUGGAAAUAAGAGAGGAUUUGAUAACGCAUGCAUGACUCCAAUAUCUUAUCAGACACUUAGGAAAAAGUUUCGUUUACCAAGUCGAUUGGCCUAAUUUGUUGUUUAUUUAAAUAGUGUUAUGAAUAUCUUUUUAUAUUAUAAUUAAUAUGAAUAUAUUUUUAUAUUAUAAUAUUUAAUAUGAUAAAUUGAAAAGUUUUAUAAAUAAAAAUGUAAAUGCUAAUUACACUAGUCAACAAAAUUCAAAAUUUGUUUUGUCACACGAAAACUUAUACCAGAUUUUGAAUGUACAAUAGCCACCAAACAAUAAUGUAUCAACAGAUAAAAAUUGACACAACAGGUUACUUCGUGACAUCAAGAUUUAUAUUUUUAUGAAAAGUUCAAAAAUCAGUAACAUAUAAAAAAAUAUUUCUUAAUGUAAAAUAAAUAUUUAUGACUUGCGUGAA